AUGGCACGGGGAUUCGGGCACCGGGGGCUAGCGCGGCGGCCCGCGUUCGGGGCAUCCCGCGCGGCGCUAGGCCUCCCGGGAGCACUUUGCAGCCCGGUGGCCGCGGCCGAGUCCCGGGACCCCCGCCCCGCCGUCCUCGCCGGGCGCAUCUUUUUAUGUCGCUCCCGCUCCGCUCCCUCCUUCGUCUCCCCGCCCCCCUCCAUUUUCUGCCCCGCGGAGGGCUGGCUGCGAGGCCUCCGGGAAGCCGCGUGUCCGGGCCACCGGGACGGUGGCCGCGUCCGGGGAGCCCUCCGCGCCCCGAGCGGCUCGCGCGCCGGCGGCGCCGCGUCCCUCCCACCUGCCCGCCGGCCGGGUUUGCAGCGCCCAAACAAUGGCCACAUUGUCCUGGCCGCGCACCGGCCGUCCCUGGCGAGUGGCGGCAGGCCGGACCCUGCUCGUGGCGGCUCGGGAAGAAAGCCAGCGGCCCAGAUCCAGAUCGGGCGCCCUUGGCGCCGGGCGGGAGACCGGAGCGCCCGGGAGCCCGCGCUCACCUGGGGACGGCGCUUCUCCCUGCCCACGGCCGCUGGCCCUCCCUCCCUCGUCCCAGUGGCUCUCCACCCACUUCUCCGAGAAGGGGAUUCAUUCGACUUUACGUGA